AUGUUUCGUUUACAGAUUGAAUUAGUACCACCGUCUGCUCAAACGAAUCAACAACUCAGCUCUUUAACUCCAGCUCCAACAAACAAUUCACAACUUUUUUCAAAUGCAUCCUUUGUCCAAUUAAAUGAGAAUACUUUUCAAUACCCAUUGCCUCCUUCUUCCAACAAAAACUUUAACUCAGUCUCUCAAAAUACUAGAAAAUUCUUACAUUUCAGUGCUGGUAGUAAUACAUUACUUGAAUUGUCAGAUGAAAUUAUCGAGAAAUGCAAGAAAAUAUAUCCAAAUCUAAAACAAGAACCAGAAAUAAUUACUCUACAAGAUGGGAAUGGGUAUGAUUUGGAUCCUGAUUUUGUCAUAGAAGACGUUUUCAACGCAGCUAAUAGAGUGAAAGUCAUACUUAGAGAUGAUAUUGAUAUCGAUGAGUUAGAACCAAUAGCUCAAUAUAGAAAUCUCAAAAGAAGGAAAACCAAUAAUGGUACCUAUCAAAAAGUUUCACGAAGCCAAAAACCAAUCAAUAAUUCUUUAGCGUUACCUAAAAGGAAUAAUUAUCCGUUACCUUCAACAAGAACCCCAAGAAAUUUAGGAAGAAGAAUCUCAACACCAUUAGCACAACAAAUAUAUCCUGAACCUGUCACAGACAAUGUAGAAGGAGAAAACGCAGAUAGGUCCUUUUUACCACCUCCAAACGUCCCCCAAUCUCCUCCAAUUAGGAUAAGCUCCGGUAUCGAUACUUCCAAGAAAAUAGUUUCCAACAUCAAAGAACAAGGUCAAGUGUCUAAAUCUGAAGUGGUUGAUCCAGACAAAUCCAAACAACAAAGGCUAUUACUAGGUACACCAAUAAUGACCUCAAUGACACCAAACAGAGUCACCUUAACUGGCCAAAGGGUUGUUUCCGAAAAUCAUAUGGAAACAUCACCAAUUUCAACCAUCUCUAAUCCCAGCAAAUCAUCUUCCAAAGAAUCGAAUGCUUCACGGAGGAUUAGUUCUGGUAUGUUAAAUAUCCCAGAACCAAAAAUAUCAGAAGUUGAAAAGGAACUAAAAGUGGGUCCUGCAAGCCCUGAUUCAGUACUUCCAGAGAAACCAAAACGAAUUCCAAUGAAAAGAUCAUUAUUAGAUAGUAAAUCUAUACCAAAUAAUAACUCUGAUGAUAACUUAAGUUCCGAUAGUCAAGAUACAACUAGUUCCCAUUCCCAUUCAAGACCAUCUUUGCAACGUCAAAGCUCGAUUGCUGAUAACAAUGGGUCCCCUGUAAAACUCAACCCUCUAGAAGAUGAUAGUGUUUCACGUAUUGUACAUUUGGCUGAAUUACCUCAUAAUAAGAAAAGGAAUCUAGUACAGGAAAAUUCAAUCAAUGAACUGGAGGGUAAAAUCGAUCAAAGUGCAACAAAAAACAACCUAAGUCAUUUAUUUACGCAACCAACAGGUAAAGGAAAUGGAAUAUCAAACGAAAACGUUAAUAGUAAAAGAGAUAAGCUAUCUCAAAUCGAAGAGGAAGAUGUUCUUCCCGAGCAACCAGCUCUCCCAACCAAUAAUAACUUGAAAGAAAAAGUGAAUCUAGAAACUCAAAACAACGAAACCAUUUCUAUUACCAAACCUGGACAGAUGAACAAAUCAGAUAAGAAGAAGGACGCUGGAACUGUAACUCAAGAUAUGCAACUCGAGUCAGAAAUGGUAAAACCUACAACAACAACAGCCGAUAGAGAAACUGAAGUAACGGAGCAAGAAACUGAUGAUGAAGAUGAAGUAAACACUACAGUUCGUAUUAACCCACCUGAAUCAGCAUCAGCCAGUGGCAAUCAUUCUUUUUCACAUCCGAGUAUCCAUAAAACUGAAAUAUUAAAAAUAUUUGACGGUGACUCAAUCAAGUUACCUCAUUGGCUAAAGAAAACCUCAUCAUCAUCAUCAACAUCAUCACCAUCAUCAUCUUCAAGAAAAAAGCCUUAUACAACCGUCCUUCAUAAGGAUAUCGAUAAUUCAAAACCAGAUCCAAGAAAUAUUUUACCUCAAAGAACACCGAGAACUGCAGCGAGGAGAGCAGCUCAAUUAUUAUCAAGUUCUCAAGGAACCAGUCAGCACCCUGACCAAGUUCAGAAUAUCAAUAUUAACAAUGAUCACUCCGAUGAAGAAGGCAGCUAUGAAACAUCAUCUACUGAUGGUUAUUCUAGCAGUGGUGUAGAAACUGCAGGAUCUGACACAUCAGAUAAUGAAAAGAUAUUCCUGAGGGAACCUAAUGACAAAACCAAAGUAAUUAAAACGCAUCAUCUCAAGGAAGCAGUAGUAACUAAAUCUAAUGAUAAUGAUAAGGACACAAAGCAAGAAACUGCUACUAGCACAGACAAUAUUCUUGGCAAAGUAAUUGGAAAAAAUCCUUCAACCGCAUCGUCAGGGAAUGUACCAGAAGGAUUAACUAAAUCUCAGCCAAGUUUUUCCAAGAUAAAUGAGGAUGAUAUUUCAAAUAAUAAGAAAAUUAACGAAACGAAGAGUAUAUCCUUGACUCCAAGUAAUUUUUACUCUAAUAGCAAGACAGAAUUGAAGAAACUCAAUAUUCAUAAACCAACGAGUAAGUUUACAAGUAUGCCUAAUACGAAACCGGACAGUAGGGCAAAUAACCUGGGAAGUGAGAAGGUAAUAAAACUAAACGAAUUUUCAAUUCCAAAUCAACUUAAAACGGAUGAUCAUAAAGUCAAACCAGACGCUAAUCCAGAAGUCCCUAAACCGACGUUUUCACCUAGUCAUAAUGACAAAUUAAAAAGUCUAAAAGCAAAGUUUUCAAAAACAAAACCCCAAUCAUCAUCACCAGUUUUUCAACCAGUACUCACCGAUGAUAGCUCUAAUAUCUCAAUACAAGAUGAAACCGAAUCAAUGGAUGAAACUUCUUCGAGUUCUUCAUCUGAUGAAGAAGUUGCUUCUUCCUUUAGGAUAUCAAGAAAAAAUGUUGUUGACACACCAAAGGGAUCUUUGGCUAUCACGUCUAAUGCUGUAAGGGGCAUUAAUGACCCAGGUCUAGAAGCAGCGCCUCAAUCAACCCAAGCAGAUUUUCCAACCGCUGCUAAAAACACCCCAGCUAAAAGUGUACCAAUUACACGAUUUUUGAACGCUACCUCACCACCUACAACAAUAUCUGGUUCUAUGAAAGUUUCUAGUAUGCUCCACAAUGGGUUGCCUCUAAAGAGUCGCCCCUCAUUAAGCACUCUGUCUGAUUUGGUCCAGAGGGGAAUACCUAAUGUAAAGGAGAAAAGUGUGCACGCAUCACAAUCCAAAUCUACUAAUAUUCAAGGUGCCUCAACAAUUGAAACUGAUUCAACAGGCAGCUCAGAUGACAGCGGCACUGAUAGUGACACCGAUAGCAGCAGUAGCAGUGAUAGCGAUAGUGAUAUCAAGAGCAGUGAUGGAUCAGAUACUAAUGUACCAAGUGCGAAAAGUGCUAGUGCUUCCUUAGGUAAAAACAAGAAAUCUAUUGGUGGAUUUGAUGCAUUAGCAAGACAGUCCAAAAACUAG